AUGCUCUGUCUCCUCGCCCUUCUCAGCGCCACCCUCUCCACUCAGGCUGCCCCAGCCAUGCUCACCGUACGCGUCGGCAUUCGCGCGACUGGAGCAGACUUUAUCGACUGCGAGAACCGGCGGAGCCUCUUCUCCAUUGUCUGGGGCUGCUUCACCACCAUAUUCGCCUGUGUCUGGGUUUCCGCCCACCCAAACGUGCCUCCACCCAUCCCGCCGCCGCCAGGGAAAGGUGCCUCGCUGUGGCAGCACCUCAAGUGGCAGCUGCCUUCGUUGCUCCCGAGCUCAUUGUCGGUUUUGCAGGCCGGCAGCUCGAAUGUGCGUGGUACUUCUCCAAAGAAUUUGACCUCCGUUGUCCUCGGCGCGGUGCCCGUGGUCGUUCUGUGGGUCUACGCGGACGGUGCGCUCCGCUACACGGGCUGCAUCCCGUUCUCGUGGGUGUUCCCGGUUUAUGUUGCCGGUGUUUUGCUUUAUGUCCCCGCGCGCCUGGCGCUGACGGUCCUCCCGCUCGUGGCGCUGCGUGCGCUGCCGGAUGCGGUGUACAGCGAGGUGAAGUGGAAUCGAUACCUCCCACAUGUGUAGAUCAGUUUGAAUAUUAG